UAGCGUUGCGAUCCGGUUUCCCGGAUGUGCGGACGUUAGAGUGGGGUAUAAAGGACUCGUGGAAGGCGGGAGUGGACGUAGUUUUGAAUUGGUGCCGCCGCAAAAUAGAAGGUAGUUGCUGACUGUUUUGUAACGUUUCGAAGCGCCAUCCACGUUUCGCCUUCCAGUAGGGAAGACGCCUCAUUCAUAAUGGCUGGUGGUAAAGCCGGGAAAGACUCUGGCAAGACCAAGACCAAGACUGUGUCCCGCUCACAGAGAGCUGGCUUACAGUUCCCUGUUGGUCGUAUUCACCGGCAUCUGAAAUCAAGGACUACUAGUCACGGACGUGUGGGAGCCACAGCUGCUGUCUACAGUGCUGCUAUCCUGGAAUAUCUCACCGCUGAGGUACUUGAGCUAGCAGGAAAUGCAUCCAAAGACUUGAAGGUGAAGCGAAUCACUCCCCGCCACUUGCAGCUUGCAAUAAGAGGUGACGAAGAACUGGAUUCCCUAAUCAAAGCAACAAUUGCUGGUGGAGGUGUAAUUCCACACAUCCAUAAAUCUCUCAUUGGAAAGAAAGGGCAACAGAAAACAGUGUGAAGGAAUUUGGAUUCCUUAUUAAUUUAGGACUUUUAAAUGGUCAGUUGUCCAGUGUUGGUGGAUUUCCAGUGGACUGCAUCUGUGAAACACAAUUUUGCCUUUUGGUAACCUUGAAGCUGGAGCCCAUCAAGCUUUCUAACAAACCAAAAUUCUACAUUUGAAGUCUUAACCUUAAUUAAGUGUUACAUGGCUUCAGAGAAGCUAUUGUUGGUAGUGGUUUUUGACUGUUUUAGAUAUAUUGGAUUUUAAUGGGAUUCUUGACAUUGUUGCUGAUCUAUAAUUUUCAAGUUUCUUCAUUCAGUUAUGAUAAAAUUUAACUGCAAAAGAUUGACAUGAACAUUGGUAUUCUGUGAAAUGAUUAAAAAACUUGAGGUAUAGAAUUCUGUGCUGUCAAUUUUUUUGUAAGUGAGAAUAACCAUUUUAAUGAGAAACAAACAGCAUUGGGUUUUUGUAUAAACCUUAUUUCCACUCUGGUGAAUGAGUUCAAUAAAUGUUAUAUCAUUAUAAA